AUGGGCUCCGAGGGGGCGGGGGCCCCGCCGGCGCCUCUGCGACCGGAGGAGUGCCUCGACUUGGACCUGUGGGAUCACAUCUUCGACGAUGCGGCCGUCGCUAAGCGCUCGCCGCUACGGACCCUCGCGCGGGACAUGCGCGCGCAGCUCGAGAUCGCAGAGAAAGCACUGCCGAGGACCGCGGAGCGCGAUGCGCUGCUCGCCAAGCUCGAGGACAUCGCCGAGGCGGCGUCGCGCGACGUCACGCUCCUCGUCGCGGACUGGCGGGGCAUCGAGGGAUCGGUCGUGGCGGACGACGACGAGACGAACGGAACCCCCGCGGGCAAAGGGUUGGAGCACCUGCCCCUUCAGGAGGGCCUUCCACCCGGCGUUAACGUCGUGACGCGGGUUGGGACGGUGACGCGCGCCGCCCUCGCCGACGCCGACGCCCUCGCGCUCAUCCUCGACGAGCAUCAGGCUGCGUCCGCGGAGGAGACGACGACCCCAUCGGUGGCGGCCCCGUAUUCGUCGGAUGCGCCGCGAGCCGACGAGACGCCCGAGAGGGAGGAGGGCAGCCGACAGACUCCGGCGUCGUCGACGGACGAAGGGGCGAUUGAGGGAGAGGCGCGGGAGGGGGAAGGGGACGACGCGGCCGUUACGACCGUUACGACCGCCGGCGCCGACGCGGCACAGCUGGCGCGCGAGUGCGUCAAACGCGCGGGUGAAUUUUCCGUGUUCAUCGCCGUCGAGGCGGACCAGCGGCCGCCCGAGCUGAGGUUUGAUCGCGCGGCGGGUCCCCCGACCGCGGAUCAACCCGAGGAACCCGAGACGCCGCCGCCUUUGGAUGCCGCCGCGGCCGAGGGUUCAGGCGAGGGACACUCCGGGGCGGGCGACGAAGAGCCCGGGGCUAACCCGCUGGAGUCUUUCGAGGCGUUUGGCAGCUGGUUCAACAAGAUGGUGGAGACGGCGGCGGACCAGUUCACCGGCAAUAACGACGACGACGGCAGCAGCGACGACGACGGGGAAGAUCUCAGCGACGGCGGGGAUGCCGCCGCGGGGAUGGUUAAGUCCUCGGGUCCGAAGUCGCCCGAGAAGAAGCCGGCGGCAAAGCGGGAGAAGCGCGAUUCGGAGAGUGAGAGAAAGGAGCGCGAGAGGAAGGAACGCGAAGCGGAGGCUCUCCGCAGGUAUAAACCCAAGAGGCCCAGGGAUGCGGCGAACGGCCUCGCGGCCCGUUGCGGCGUUCGCGCCGGUCGCAUCCUCUCCGUCGCCACGAUGCACCUCGUCCCCCCGCCCGGCGGAUUCGCGCGCACAGCUGGCGGCGCAGCCGAAGGCACAGCCGGCGGCGACGACGACUCGGAUGCCGGACCGGACGGGGACGGUUCGAAACCGCUCCAGCGGGAGGGAGGGGAAGGGGAGACCGAGGCGGAAAAGGCGGAGCGCGAGCGCAACGCGGCGGAGCGCGCGCGGGCCAUGUCCGAGCUCUACCGCAAGAUGAUGGACGAGCAGGACAGGGGCGAGGGCCCGUCCGACGAUGGGGACAAGACUGACGGCGGCGACGACAGGACCGGCGGCGAGGGCGGCGACCUGACCAACUACGUCGACGACGCCGAGAUCGAGGCCAUGCUCGGGGAGACCGAGGCGGCCAACAACUGGAGCAAGGUGACGGACAGGGAGUACGCGUGGGUCAAGGCGGUCGGCAAAACGUGCCAGGCGAUCAUGGUGGAGAAGACCCUCGGCUUGAUCGAGCGUUACGCACCCUUGCGAGCGUACGUCCGGUAUUGGGCCGCGGUGGUACGGGCGGAUGAGACGCUGAGUAACCACGCGGACGCGGCGGAGCAGGCCAAGGCCGUAGCCGCGAACACGCUGGGGCGGAUCCUGACGAGCGCGGCGGAGGGGAUGCCCAACGUGGGCUUCGUCGGAGCCGCGGAGCUCGCGGCGUUGCACCGCCGCCGCGAUCCGUCAAUCUCCGCCGGGUGGCUCAAGGCGCUGAUUUACGGCGACAGCACGAUGAGUUUCACGGGCGGGACCAUCCUCUCGCUCGGCGGGCCCGCCGCCGCGCCCGUCACCGCGCCCCCGGCGUUGGCCAUGUACUUUACCAUACGCCUCCGGCUCUGCCUGGCCAUCGCGGCGCUCGGGGGAUGCGACGUGUUGGGACCGGAGGCUGGCGCGGCGACUCUGGCGUGUUUUUUCGGCACCGACGCGAGGGAGCUCCUCGACGCCAGGCCGCGCGUGGAGGAGCUCGACGCCCUCAUCGCCGCCGCGAACGACGCCGCCGCGGGGGGGGCCGACGGGGGGAACGGUCCGGGUCGUUCGUCGUCGUGGCUUCCGGAUGUGUCCGGGGCCAUGUCCCGGGUCUUCAAGGCGGGCGCGUCGGCGCAGCGGGUGGCUCAGAGGUGCGCGGCCGGGUACGCGGCGAGGGCGUCCGCGCACGUGGCGCGACGCGCCGCUAUGGGGCGCGAGACGUUCCAGUCGGGAACCGGCGACGUCGACGCGGACUGUACCAGGGCGUACGAGGUGGCGUACCAGAGGGCGCUUCCCCGGGAGAUGGUGCGGGCGAUGGGGGAGCACGUGUUCACGGCGGCGAACAUGGUGGUCGUCGCCGCCGAGCUGGUCCCGUUCGUGUCCAGCUACCUCACCGUUCGAGCCGCGAACGCGGCCAUCAAGUGCCACCUGCCGCACCUCGCGCCCGCGGCGGAGGCUGAGCUGGAGAACGCCAAGGACUCCGCGGAUGCGAACGCCGCGGCCGCGACUCCGAGCGGGGGAUGGACGAAGGACAUCACCGACGGCGCCUCGAAGGUAGCAAACUCGGUGGGCGCGGCGGCGAGCGAGGCGGCGGCGCGGACGAGCGCCGCGGCCGCCGCCGCGGGCGCGGGCAUAGCGUCGCUGUGGAGCAAGGCGAGCGAGACGGCGGCGAGUUCGAUCAAGGUGACGGGUCUGGUGAGGGAGGGCGGGACGGAGCCCGUGCCGCGGCUUUCGGAUCCAGACGCGCUGAGGACGUUCGUGUCCACCGGGUCGGGCGGCGUCGUGUGA